AUGCUGGAAUUGCUAAUUCCGUCCCUCAUUGGCUCUUUGGUGGCAGUGCAGCUGACGAAUUUGCUGUGCCCAACAUGCAGAUGCCACAAUGAUGCCACAGAGCUAUCCAGUCUGAGUGCGGUCUCUUAUGAAUCUUUCUUUUCGAAGCAGGUUCUCAAGCAAACUGAGCUGGAAGUCUUUACAAAGAAGAAGCAUGAGAAUUUGACAGGCUGUAGCCAUUCAACAACCUGCUCCAUUUGCCUAAGCGACUUUGAGGAGUCAGCAAUGCUGCGACGUCUCCCUUGUGGUCAUGCUUUUCACCAGUCUUGUUCAGAGUCCUGGCUUUCUCGGGUCGGCAGUUGCCCUCUGUGCCGUGGAGAGCUUGUGGCUUCUGACACUGCAGUAUGACCGCAGGUUGACCUAGCCGGCUGCAGGGUCUACGGCCGGAUGCUCUGACGAAAGCUGAGCAGAUGUAGGAACCGGCCUGUUUCAGUAUAGCCGUCCCAAGAUCCACUCGAAUUCUCUGAAUUCAUUGAAAUGGCAAUUGUGAGUUCUUUGCGACCGUGGACGUUCUGCCAAUUUUCAAAGG